AUGCGUCUAACAGCAGACCUGAUCCACAACUCCCUCUCCUACCUCAACCCACUCAAGGAGCGCGAGCUUGAUCUCCGAGGCCAUAAAAUUCCCGCCAUUGAGAAUCUGGGUGUCGCUGGCCCUCACGAUGCCAUCGACUUCACCGACAACGACAUCCAGGUCCUAGGCAACUUCCCCCUCUCGGCGCGACUCCACACCCUGUUGCUGGCGCGCAACAGGAUUGCAGCCAUACAGCCCACGCUCGCGAACUCGUUGCCGAAUCUCACGACCCUGGUGCUGACGGCGAACAACUUUACUGAGCUGGCGGAUUUGGAUAUGCUCGCUACGUUUAGGCAGUUGGCGCACUUGGUGCUGUUGGAGAAUCCAGUUACGAGGAAGGAGCAUUAUCGGUACUGGGUUAUCUGGAGGUGUCCGAGUGUCCGGUUCUUGGACUAUAAGAAGGUCAAGGAUAUAGAGCGCGAGAAGGCGAAGGAGCUAUUUGGUUCUUCUUCCGCGCCGUCCGCGCUAGCUUCUAAGAUCAUGACCGUCAAAUCCAAGGUCUUCGACAUUCCCUCAGCAAACGGCACGGCCGCACCCUCGUCAACCAAAAACUACCGCGUCAAGUUGACAGAUAAGGAGCGCAAGAAGGUCGAGGAGCUGAUUCGGAACGCGAAGAGUCUGCAGGAUAUUAUUCGCUUGGAGCAGGAGCUGAAUGAGGGACGGGUACCGGCUGCUGCGCAAGCGGCCGAUGAGAUGGAGGAGUGA